CUGACUGCUGUGAUUCAAAACACGGUGAAGGGCUUGCAGACUCAGCUCGAGGCUCGGUUCCGGUCUGUUGAGACGAACGUGACUACCCUCACCCAGCACAUGGGGAAUGCCGAGGCCCACAUCACCGCCAUCAACAAUCAGCUUACGGAGGUCAUGAAGAAGCAGAGUCACUUUGACAGCCUGAAGGCGCAGUACCCUGACCUCCUGGCCAACGUGGAGGCCAAGUUCUUCGCCAUAGCCCAGAGCUACUCUAUCAUCUUCCGGAACAAGCAAUCGUACAUGUGGUCGCCAGAUUGUCAGCUCGGCAUUGACGGCUUCCGCGGAGUGGUGAGGAUGAAGAAUGACCUGGACGUGUGGAACCUGAUUGAGAUCAAGCAGGUCAGCAUUCGCAAUGGUGAGGAGCAGUUCACAUUCGAACCCAAUUUCGAGGAGCUCGAGGGGCGGGGCAUCACCAGGGGGACUAUCAUGACCCGGAUUGAGUCCCAG